CUUUGUUAUUAUUAUCAACACAUACUACAGAUACACUCACAAUAAUUCUGUCCAUUUAUCACCAUAGAAUUGCAAAGUAGAAGAAACAGUCCUCGAUCAUCGAGUGGAAAACUAGCAAUUUGAAGCACCAGAACCGAUGGAAGUUGGCAGGAAAAUCGGGGCCUUGCUCGGGGAGGAGCGCGGCCUGAAUCUCAAAGAAACUGAGCUGUGCCUUGGCCUGCCCGGCGGAGGUUGUGGUGGAAGUGAAAGUGACUCGAUUAAAAUUACUGGGAAGAGAGGAUAUUCAGAGACUGUUGAUCUGAAACUCAAACUUCAGUCCAAUGAAUCAGCUUCAGAUCUGAAGGAAACAAUGAAAAAUUCAUCCAAAGAGAAGACUGCUGUUCCCUCCAAGGAUCCAAUCAAGCCACCAGCCAAGGCACAGGUGGUGGGAUGGCCACCAGUCAGGUCAUUCCGCAAGAAUAUUAUGAGCCAAAAGAGCACCAAUGGAGAGACUGAGAAGGCAGCAUUUGUGAAGGUUUCCAUGGAUGGUGCGCCUUAUCUUCGUAAGGUGGAUUUGAAACUCUACAAGAGUUAUCAAGAACUCUCUGAUGCCUUGGCCAAGAUGUUCAGUUCAUUCACUAUGGGAAAUUAUGGGACUCAAGGUAUGAUCGAUUUUAUGAAUGAAAGCAAAUUGAUGGAUCUCUUGAACAGUUCUGAGUAUGUGCCCACCUAUGAAGAUAAGGAUGGUGACUGGAUGCUUGUGGGCGAUGUACCAUGGGAGAUGUUUGUUGAUUCCUGCAAGCGCCUUCGCAUAAUGAAAGGAUCAGAAGCUAUUGGACUUGCUCCAAGAGCCAUGGAAAAAUGCAAGAGCAGGUGCUAAAUCAUAUUCACCACUUCUAUCGACCCUACAUUAAUGAAGCACAUGUGUAUCGUUUCAAGAUGUAGUUUCUAUACGGCCGUAUUUUGUUCUCUUUUUCUUUUUCCUUUUUUCUAUUUUCCGGGUUCGUAUCGUGUCUGUAAUUUGUUUCAUAGUAUAUAGAUAUGAAAGAUCUUGAGACAUUUGUAAUGGGCAAUAAGCAAUGCACUUAUCUAUUGUCUGCUGGAUUGUUUAUGACUAAUGGCUUGCUUAAUAAUCACUUUUUUCUUGUUGUUCU